AUGAACUUGAACAAUUGCAAAGAGAAGCAUCCCAACUUGUUGUUCGCCAACUUUAAUCAGGACUACAGUUGCUUUGCUUGUGGAACUGAGAAGGGUUUCCUCAUCUUCUCAUGCGACCCAUUCAAAGAGAGAUUCGGUAGAGUGUUUGAUGGAGGCAUUGGAAUUGUCGAGAUGUUGUUCCGUUGCAACAUAUUGGCUGUUGUUGGUGGAGGAACUAAACCAAAGUAUACACCAAACCAGGUUAUGAUUUGGGACGACUACCAGAACAAGUGCAUUGCAAAGUUGGAGUUCAAGUCCGAGGUCAAGGCUGUCAAGUUGAGACGCGACAGGAUCGUCGUGGUGCUCGAGAACAAGGUCUACGUGUACAACUUUGCAGACCUCCAGCUGGUGCAUCAGCUGGAGACCACCAGCAACCCCAAGGGCAUUUGCGCCGUGUGUCCAGGCGCCGCCAACGUCUUGGCCUGCCCCGGUCUCAAGCCUGGCUACGUGCACGUGGAGCUCUACGACUUGAAGCAGACACAGAUCAUCCCAGCACACGAGAACGCACUGUCACAGAUCGCCUUGAACAAGGACGGCACGCGUCUGGCCACGGCCAGUGAGAAGGGCACGCUGAUCCGUAUCUUUGACACGGCCACUGGCGAGAAGAUCAAGGAGGUGCGUCGUGGCACCAACCGCGCCGAGAUAUACAGUAUAGCAUUCAACAAUGAGUCGACGGCGCUCUGCGUCAGCAGCGAUAAGAACACCGGCCACAUCUUUGACCUGUCGCGCUCGGCCGCCACGGGCAACGUGCACUCGAACGAGCCCGAGAGCGAGGUCAAGAACCGACAGUCCAGCUUCUCCUUCAUGGGCGACAUCCUCCCAACCAACUACUUCAAAUCCGAAUGGAGUGCUGUACAGUUUCAAAUACCCGAGUCGCGAUCCAUAUGUGCAUUCAGCUCGACUCCCAACUCCAUUAUCGUUAUAUGUGCCUCUGGCGUCUGUUAUAAAUAUACUUAUGAUUUCUCAAAGGGAGAGUGUAGGAGAGAUGAAAGUCCCUUGCAGUUCAUGGAGAGUGAAGAGUCGUGA